AUGGGGUGUAAGAGCACGACGGAGUUGUCUUCGGCGCACCACCGGCCCUCUUCGCGACUCUCGCGCGACGACUCCUCGAUGGAUGAGGACUCUUCCACUCCCGUCUUCGGAUCUGGCGUGCACGUCGGCCGUGCCGGCAACGUCGACUUGUCGGGUCGCGAGCUCGACGUGCUGGGACCGCACAUGGUGAACAUGAUAAAUGAGGACGACCUGCACCGCACCGCCACCUCGCUCACCUUGUCGAACAACAAGCUCUACGCGCUUGCGAAGGAGCUGCCGAUGCUGACGAAUCUGCGCGAGCUGGAUAUCGACCACAACCGGUUUCAGCGCUUUCCUCAGGUUUUGGUGCAGCUGCCGCGGCUGUGGCGCAUUAACGCGAGCUUUAAUCCCAUUGAGAGCGUCCGUGGCUUCGACGUGCUGCCGCGGCUUGUGUCUCUGAAGUCGCUGAACGUGCGCAACUGCGGCUUGAAGGAGAUCCCCAUGGCGGUGAUCCAGUGCGAGCUACUCGAAGACCUUGACAUAGGCAACAAUCCCGAGAUCAAAAUCACAGGAGUUGCCCUGCACCGUCUUGUACGACUGCGGAAGCUUGGUGUGGCGAACUGCAACCUCGGCGGGCGCACGCUGCCCAACACGAUUAAGCGCAUGAAGCUGAAGGCGUUGGACAUCUCCGGCAACAACUUCACCUUCAACGAUCCUCAUUUCUUCGGAAGCGUGCUGCCCAAGACGUUGGUGGAGCUGCACCUCGCCGGGAUGAAGCUCACCGCCCCGCCCGCGGUGAUUGCGCUCUUGAAGCACCUGAGCUAUCUCGACCUGGCCGAGAACCCCAUCGAGACGCUUGACGUGUUGGCCGGCCGCGUGAUGAAGCGGCUGCCGCACGUGUCCAGCAACGGCACGGUGGCCACGAACGGCACCAACGCCAUGACAGAGGUGCCGGAGGAAGACGAGGAGAACGAAUUCGAGGAGGAGGAAACCGCCACGCAGGCGUCAGGCGGUGGGGCGAGCAACGCCACCAGCCGCGUCAGCCUCAGCAAGGUCAGCAAAGCCGGCAUCGUGGCGCACGUUACACAGCCGAUCCCGCUGAAGCGGCUGUCACUGCGGGCCUGCGGCUUCCGCAUGGUUCCCAAGUACUUCCACAAGCUGGACCACCUAGAGGAGCUGGACCUGUCGGAGAACGAAAACCUCGACGACCCCAACAUGACUCUCUUCUCGUUGCAGAGUCUGGUUACGCUGAACAUCAUCGGCUGCCCCUUCGCCGAGGACCCGUCGCAGUCGCGCAAUGAGUGGUUUGACAUCGGUAAGCUGCGCGACCUGCGCAACAUCCAGUGGGAGGUGUGGAAGAGCGAGCACAACAUGAGCCCCUAUCGCACAAGGAUCCCCAUCGAGCUCUGCGGCCUGCGUCUCAAGACGUUAAACGAGGUGCAGCUGCGCAAGAACCUGUUCACCGGCGACAUGAUCGAAACGGUCAUCAACUUGCUGUCGGACGGCUACUUCAAGGCGGAUUUGUCGGUGGAUGAGAUGGUGCUGUUUAGCCACAUGGCCGCAAUUAAGUCUUUCGCAGAUGCGGAGCGCUUCUUCUUUCCGCGCGCGGUCGCGGAGACGGCGAGUAUCGCGUGUCCGGUCGCGCCCGCCGCGCUCGGCGAGGUGCACCUGAAGAUCGCCAUUAGCCGCUACAUCUUCUUUUUAGCCAUGCAGGCCGCGAACUUUGACGCCGUGAUCAUCCCGCCGCUGGAUGUGAUGGUGAUCCACUACGCCCAGCUCACCACGAACCCACUGAACUACCGCGCCGACUGCGAGGCGGUGUGCGGGCGCAUCCUCAACUGCAACUACCGUACCUUCUUCGCCGAGCAGCGGAAGCACCAGGCGGAGGCGCGGAGUGUCGUCGAUGCAUCGCGUCGCAUCUGGAACUUGAUGGUGCGUUCCGCGCAGCGGGAUUUGGUCUGGCUGCGCUACGACUUCUGGGACAAGCGGCUGCGCACAGCGCAGGAGCCAAAUGGAAGUGGCGCCGCCUCUGCGACCGGCGAGAACGCAGCGGCGAUCCCCAAGACGCUUCCGCUGUUGAUGGGCCGGAGCGAGGCGGAAAUCAUGCAGGACUGGCAGGCGCUGCAGGCGAUCGACUCCGCCGGCGAUCUGGCGGGGGUGCUGGACCAGGCGAUUACCUCGCACUUUUCAGAGAAGGGCGUGGCAGAGUUCGCCGGCACCAUCGCCUCCUUCUUUAAGAUGAACCACUGCUUUAUCCGACACGAGGACUCGCUGUGGAAGGCGGAUCUGGACUGGACCCGCUACGUUAAGUUCUUAACCUUGUACGCGUACCGCUGCGCGGUGCUGGAGGAGAACAACGCCUACGUGAUGGAGCCGAUCGCGGAUGAGGAAGGCAACCUGUGCCCACCCACCCGCACCACCUCGGUGCUCGGCAAGCACUACGACAAGAUGUUCGACCGGAGCUUCGCCAGUUCAACCAAGUACCUGCCGCAGCCGUCCGAGGCACCGGGGAAUAACAACGGUACCGCGGACGGCACCCGCGCCACCGGCGAGGAGGGGUCCUCGAUCCCGCAGACGCGCACGCAGAGCGGCGUCACGCGACGCUCGCCCUCGACGCUGCUGCAGGCACGCAAGUCGAACAAGCGCCUGACAAUGGUGCAGCAGCUCGAGGGCAACCCGGUGCCAAGCAUCGGCAUCUCCUUCAUGCUCCACGCCCACCGCACCUCGCAGUUGAAGUACUACCAGUCGCUUUCGUUGUUUGCGAUUGAGAACGUGGAUGUGACGUGGGAGGCGACCUCCGACCGCGUCCUGAAGCAGACGCAGAACGCGUGGAUGGCGCUGUACGACGAGGCGUACGUCAGCGAAAACAAAGACAUGCCGUUCGCCUACAUCAUCAAGGACGGCGUGCUCAUGCCUUCGAACGAUCCGUGGGUGAAGGAAGAGGAGGAGGAGCCUUCCCCGAUAGAUGCGGCGGCGAAGGCCCCGGCCACACUGGCGGCGACCAAGGCAAAGAAAGAGGCAGAGGCGGCCAAGCAUCGCUACUCCUACAAUCCUGCGACAAGGCCAGGCCCGUCGGUGGUGCGGCACAAGUCAAAGAGACCGGGCGCUGACGUCGGCCGCAACGUCACCUUCUGCAGCGCGGACACCGAAUUCGGUGUCUUCUAA